AUGGGUGACCGUCUGGAGGACCAUCUUCAAUGUCCCACCUGUCUGGACAUCUUCAAAGAUCCUGUCAUUCUUCCAUGCAGUCACAGCUUCUGCCGUGCGUGUCUGCAGCAGUGGAAGGACAAAGGAGAACGAUCGUGUCCACUCUGUAGGACAGAGUUUAGUUCGAUGGAUCCGCCUCCGAACUUGGCACUGAGGAAUGUGUGUGAGAACUCUUCACGGGCCUCAGUCAAGUCAGUUGACAUCUGCAGCUUGCACCAAGAGGAACUCAAACUCUUCUGUUUGGACCACCAGGAGCUUGUGUGCCAUAUCUGCAGGGACGCAGAAAUCCACGUUGGUCACAAGUUCCGGCCCCUGGAAGAAGUUGUGAAAGGUCAUCGUGAGGAACUCCAGAAAGGCCUGCAGAAUGCCAAGGAAAGACUCCAAGAUUACAACGACUGUCGAGAGAACUGCAAUGAACAGGUAGAGUACAUAAAAGUCCAGAAGGAGAAGGUCGAACGCAAGAUUAAGAAGGAUUUUGAGGAGCUCCGGUGCUUUCUCGACGUCGAGGAGGAGGCCAGGUUGGCUGCGAUAAGGGAGAAAGAGCAGAAGGAGAGUGAGAUCAUGAAGGAGAAGAUUGUGGUUCUGGGCCAACAAAUGACCGUUCUCUCGGAUGUCAUCAGGAGCACUGAGGAGCAGCUGGCGUCUGGUAAUGUUUCUUUCAUGAAGAAGUUCAAGACUGCUAUGAGCAGAAUCCAGGAGCUGCCUGAAAAGCCGCAGCUGCUGCCAGGAGGUCUGCUGGACGAAGCCAAACACGUGGGCAAUCUCAAAUUCAAGGUGUGGGAGCGGAUGAAGGAGACGCUCGCCUACAGUCCCGUCAUUCUGGACCCCAACACGGCCAAUCCAGGAAUCCGUCUCUCCGAAAAUCUGACCAGUCUGAGUUGGGAAGACGUACAGCAGAAGCGUCCAAAGAAUCCAGAGAGACCCCAGACGAGGCGGUCUGUGCUGGGUGCUGCUUUGGACUCGAGACACGUGUGGACCGUUGAGGUGGGAGACAACAAUGACUGGAAAGUGGGAAUCAUGUGGGGGGACCCUUGUUUGCCAGAGAAAAUGAUUGGUUGGUUUAUUGGAUUUUGUGAUGGUAAAUACCAAAAGCCCGGUGGCAAAUAUGGAGAAUGGAAUCCGCCUGUCAAAGUGCAGAGAAUCCGAGUUGAAGUGGACAUAAAUGAAAGGGUGGUGUCCUUCUCUGAACCUCUUACAAACACCGAAUUGUGGAACAUUGAGAAGCCUUCCACUUGGCCAGACUUGUCCAGUAACAACAAAAUGUAUCCUUACUUUCGCACAGGACAUUGGAGUCCUCUAAAAUUAAUCCCCUUUCCACCUUGUGUUACGCUAGCCAUCAAACAACCGCAGCUCGACAUUCUGAACUUGUGCGCCGAGCCAAUCGCCGUCUUCUCUAAAACAAUGGCUGGACAUCUGGAGGACCAUCUUCAAUGUCCCACCUGUCUGCAAAUCUUCAACGAUCCUGUCAUGCUGCCGUGCAGUCACAACUUCUGCCGUGCGUGUCUGCAGCAGUGGAAGGACAAAGGAGAACGAUCGUGUCCAAUCUGUCGGACAGAGUUUAGUUCGAUGGAUCCGCCUCCGAACUUGGCACUGAGGAAUAUGUGUGAGAACCUUUCAUGUGCCUCGCUCAAAUCCGAAGACAUCUGCAGCUUGCAUGAGGAGAAACUUCAACUCUUCUGUUUGGACCACCAGGAGCUUGUGUGCCAUAUCUGCAGAGACGCAGAAAUCCACGUUGGUCACAAGUUCCGGCCCCUUGAAGAAGUUGUGAAAGGUCAUUAUGAGGAACUCCAGAAAGGCCUGCAGAAGGCCAAGGAAAGACUCAAAGAUUACAACGACUGUCGAGAAAACUGCAAUGAACAAGCAGAGCACAUCAAAGUCCAGAGGGAGAAUGUCGAACGCAAGAUUAAGAAGGAUUUUGAGGAGCUCCGUCACUUCCUCGACGUCGAGGAGGAGGCCAGGUUGGCUGCGGUCAGGGAGGAAGAGAAGAUGAAGAGUCACACGACUACGGAGAAGAUUGCGGCUCUCGACAGACAAAUGGCCGCUCUCUCGAAUCUCAUCAGAAGCACUGAGGAGCAGCUGGCGUCUGGCAAUGUUUCUUUCAUGAAGAAGUUCAAGACUGCGAUGAGCAGAAUCCAGGAGCUGCCUGAAAAGCCGCAGUUGCUGCCAGGAGGUCUGCUGGACGAAGCCAAACACGUGGGCAACCUCAAAUUUAAGGUGUGGGAGCGGAUGAAGGAGACACUCGCCUACAGUCCCGUCAUUCUGGACCCCAACACGGCCAAUCCAAGGAUCAGUCUGUCUGAAGAUCUGAACAGUCUGAGUUGGGAAGACGUAGAGCAGGAGCGUCCAAAGAAUCCAGAGAGGCCCCAGACGUGGCGGUGUGUGCUGGGUGGUGCUUUGGACUCGGGAAGACACGUGUGGGAUGUGGAGGUGGUAGACAACAUUGAAUGGCAAGUGGGGAUUAUUUGGGGGGACCCAUGUUUGCCAGAUGAAAUGAUUGGUUGGUUCAUUUGGUUUCGUGAUGGGGUAUACAAAAAGCCCUAUUGCGAUGAUGGAGAAUGGAAUCCGCCUGUCAAAGUGCAGAGGAUCAGAGUUGAAGUGGACAUAAAUGAAAGGGUGGUGUCCUUCUCUGAACCUCUUACAAACACCGAAUUGUGGAACACUAAGAAGCCUUCCAAUUGGCCAGACUUGUCCGGUAACAACAAAAUGUAUCCUUACUUUCAGACAGCACAUAAGAGUCCUCUAAAAUUAAUCCCCUUUCCACCUUGUGUUACGACAGCUAUAGUUAGCGAUCGUGUUGACACGGCUUGA